AUGAGUCAACAGAAAUUUGGUCGGAGCGCUGUAGUGGUCCCCUCGAAGUCGGUGUGUCUGUGGGAACGGAAGGCGCUUUUGGAGACGUUGGAGAGGUUAAGUGGAACUGAUGCGACAUGUUGUGCGUCUGGCAGUGAGCUGACUCAGAGGAUGUUCAUAACACAGAUGAGAUUAAAAGGCGCGGCUUCCAGUACUGCAGCACCACAGGUUCGGGUUACUAAUCAUGAUCAAUUUGGUGCGCACUGUAAAGAUUGGCGAUUGCUCUGUACAUUGGCGUUGGAGUUCUUCAACCCUUUUGUGGCUACUGCACCGAGAUGGAUUGCCAAGUUCAGCAUCGCUUUGUACCAUCUUAUUCCUGCCUUUUUCGUUGUUGCUCG